UUUAUUUAAAAUUUGUUCAACGAUAAAAAGUUUUGUUGCUCUAUGUGAAACCGUUGAAAAAAAUUAACAAAACCUCGGCUUUUGUAGAAUAAAUUAGUAAAUUAUCAAUAAAAUGGAAACAGAUAAUGAGAAAUCAGUAGUUCAUGUAGGAACAGUGAAUUCGUUGGAGGAUUUGGAUUUUAGUAUCAUAGAGAAUCUUCCUUGGGCUCAAGAGCUAUGGACGAAUAUACAAGAACGUACAAAAAAAGGCUUUUUAAAUUGGUGCCGAAUCGUUGAAAAAUUGGCUGGAACUAAACCGGAACCUGUCAAAGAUUGGGCCGAUGAGUACUUGAAACUGAUAGAUGAAACAUGCUACGACUUAGUUAUGGACCUGGACAACCUUCACACAAAAACCAUCGAUAAGAUACAGGAACUGUUGACAAAAUUGGAAAAAUUAUGCACAGACCUACAUCAGAAAAUGCCUUUAAAGAUCGGUCAAGACAAACUGUGCCUAUUUGAAGAACAUUCGAGGCUAACCAAGAGAAUUCAAGAAUGUGAAGCAAUUAUCAAUGCUAAGAAGAAAGAGAUUGAAGUCCUUAACGAGAAACAGAUUAUUUAUUGCAAGCAUUUAGGUAAAGAACCAAAGUAUAACUUACCCUGCCCCCCAUUACCUACUCCUGCCCAACUGGAAGAGUUUCAAAAAUACAUUGAGAGGUUAGAACAUGAGAAAUUCGAAAGAGAAGAGAAAUAUUGCAUUCUGAAAGAAGAUAUAGCAAGAAUUGUUAAGGAAUUAAAAUACAAACCAAACACGGACUUUGAGUGCAAAGUUUUGUCUUCUGACAACUUCACCGUAACAAAUGAAAAUAUGAAUAAACUGGAGUUCUUCUGUAAGAGUUUGAAGGAGAUUAAAGCAUCGACAGAAGAGGAAGUAUCGCAUCUGAGAAUGCGAGUCGAGGAUCUAUGGAAAAUGCUGGAGAUUGAUCUGUUUGAUAGGGAUGAGUUUAGAACUCAUUAUGUUGGAAACUCUUUGGAUACUUUGGAGGCUUUGAGGGUUGAAGUUAAAAGAUGUGAGGAGAUUCGUAAAGCUAAUAUAAAGGUGUUUGUAGAAAAACUCAGACAGCAACUGGAAGAAAUCUGGCUAAAAUGUCACAAAACCGACUCAGAGAAAAAGCUAUUCCCUUAUUACAAAUCCGAUUGUUACACUGAAGACCUUCUGGACCUGCACGAGAUGGAGAUCCAGAAAUGGAAGGACUACUACCGGGAGAACGGGAAGCUUCUGGAAUUGCUGGAAAAACACAAGGAGUUGUGGGAGAGGAUGAUUGAAUUGGAGGAGAAUGCCACUGGUCCGAAUAGGUAUAAAAAUAGGGGUGGCAAGUUAUUACAGGAGGAAAAAGAGAGAAAUAAGCUGUCAAAAAUGAUACCGAAGAUUGAGGAGGAAAUCCUGGCUCUGUCUGAAGAGUUCAGAAGUUCAAAUGACGGCAGAUCCUUGUUUAGUUUUGGUAUGACCCCGGAAGAUUACAUUAGCAACAAGUAUGCCGAAAGAGAAAAUAUUAAGGAAGGAGUAUAA